AUGUCGUAUUUUGACAAACACACUCCUGAUAUUGUUAUUAAAAGUCUUUUUUCCAAGUAUGAUCAAGAUAAUAGUGGCUUUAUUAGUGUGAAAGAGCUAUCAAACUUGUUAACUGAUGAUCUCGAUCUUUCUCCUGAACAAGUAGAAACUUACGUUUUGCUUUUAGAUAAAGAUGCAAAUGGUAAGUUGUCCUUUAAUGAGUUUAAGGCUUGGUUAAAAAGCGGUGAAAAGUUAGAAAUCGUGACUGACACUUCCCGUUUCUACAUAAUGCAAAAGGCUGUUGAAUAUUACAAAAAGUAUGAUUUGGAUGGAAGUGGAUGGUUAGAUCGUGAUGAAUUUUCGAAACUUCAUUACGAUGUUGGCGGUAACUCUCAAAACUUAGAAUGUGCUUUACAAUCGAUGGACAAAGAUGAAAAUAACAAAAUAUCAUUUUUUGAGUUUUUAAAGUGGUUGAAUUGGAUUAAUUUGAAGAAUUUAUAA